UACCGGUCACAACAUGUUAACUAGUUUAUGCCUAUCGUCAAAUAUCAUGCACGUAUUUUUUUCAUAACCUGAAGUAUUCUGCUUUUCUGACAAACACGAGCAUCAGUCAGUAAGGGAUAUGAAGGGCAAUAGCAGCCUCGGACUCUUGGGGUUUGUCAUGAGAAAAUGUAUUUCUCCAUUUAUCCACAAAGACAGAUAUCGCAGAUAUUACUGUUCAGGAUCUCAUACUAAAGAUCACAGCAGAGCGACGGAGUUAAACCGUAAACUGGCAUCUGGUCCGAGUCUUCAAGACUUCAUCAAGACCUCAAACAAGAGUUCAGACGAGUUGCAUGAGGAAUAUGAGGAGCACUAUAUUCCCCAAUAUACAAGCUCAACACAUUCACGGAAAGUGUAUUUUGAAACGUAUGGCUGUCAGAUGAAUGUCAACGACACUGAAAUAGCCUGCUCCAUUCUCCAGAAAGCAGGAUAUUCAAGAACCCGUCAGCUAACAGAGGCAGAUGUGGUGCUUCUCGUCACUUGUUCCAUCAGAGAAAAGGCAGAGCAGACAAUCUGGAACAGACUCAAACAGCUCACUGCCUUAAAGAAGAGACGUCCAAAACAUGAACCUCCAUUAAAAAUAGGUGUUUUAGGCUGCAUGGCAGAGCGACUGAAGACUGAAUUGCUGGAGCGGGAGAGGUUGGUGGAUGUUGUCGCCGGGCCUGACGCCUACAGAGAUUUGCCCCGGUUGCUUUGUCUUGCUCAUGAUGGCCAGAGGGCCAGCAAUGUGCUGUUAUCAUUAGAAGAGACGUACGCUGAUGUCAUGCCUGUCCAUCGGACUCCACAGGGACACAGUGCUUUUGUGUCCAUCAUGCGUGGCUGUGAUAACAUGUGCAGUUACUGUAUCGUACCUUUCACUCGCGGCCGAGAGAGAAGCAGACCGGUGUCUUCCAUUCUGGAGGAGGUCCGCAUGCUUUCAGAUCAGGGAGUGAAGGAGGUCACCCUGCUGGGCCAGAAUGUGAACAGCUAUAGGGACCUGGCUGAGGAGCAGUUCAGCAGUUCUGAGGUCAACCCUCAGCUCAGCCGAGGCUUCAAGACCGUUUACCGCACAAGACAAGGAGGUCUUCGCUUUGCAGACCUGCUGGACAAAGUAUCCCUCAUCGAUCCUGAUAUGAGGAUACGCUUCACCUCACCACAUCCCAAAGACUUCCCCGAUGAGGUGUUAAAGUUAAUUCAGGAAAGAAAGAACAUCUGCAAACAGAUUCAUCUGCCAGCACAGAGCGGCAGCAACCGGGUUCUUCAUGCUAUGAGACGUGGCUACACCCGAGAGGCAUAUCUUGAGCUUGUGGAAAACAUUCGCAAACUAAUACCAGGGGUGAGUUUGAGCAGUGAUUUUAUCUCGGGCUUUUGUGGAGAGACUGAAGAAGAUCAUCAGCAGACACUCUCUCUCCUCAGGGAGGUGGGCUAUAACGUGGGCUUUCUCUUCGCCUACAGCAUGAGGAAGAAAACCCAUGCAUAUCACCGUCUGCAAGACAACGUUCCUGCACUGGUGAAACAGCGUCGAUUGGAGGAGCUCAUCUCUGUUUUUAGAAAAGAGGCAGCUAAAGUUAACAUGUCUCUGGUCGGCAGCACAGAGCUUGUGUUGGUGGAGGGAGAAAGUAAAAGAUCUUCAGAGGAACUUUGUGGUCGUAGUGAUGGAAAUGUGAAAGUGAUUUUUCCUAAAGCAGAUUUGCCUGUUCAACCAGGCAAACCUCAGAAAGAUGCCAUUACACCUGGAGAUUAUGUUUUAGUCAAGGUACAAUCAAACACAACAGGUAAGUAUCCACAAAAGUAUUCAGCUAAUCAACAAACAAUGCUCAAAAUAUCAAAAUCAAUUGCACUGGCAAUAAACCCAUAAAUACACUGCUUAACAAUGACAAUUUGUCCCUCCUCCUUGUCAAUUCCCUGCCUUCUUCAUCACAGUUACUUUAUACAUUGCAUGCCACAUACAUAACCGAAUUUAGCUAGCUGCUGAACAAUAUCCCAAUUAGCAAUUAGCAUUAGUCUAAAAAACGAAAUAUAAUACAGAAAACACUCGACAUGUCAACAAAACAUAAACAGAACAUCUUCCCAAACACAUAUCGAGCUUAUUUAAAAACCUCGAAAGCAUAAACACUCAUUCAAAGUACCUGGAAAAGGGAGAUGUAAAUAACCAUAACCAUAAGUUCCCGCUAAAUCUAACACACCAAGAGAGGCGGGACUUAAGGCAGAACAGCCAAUCAUCACCUGGUCACACUCAACGCCGGUGUCAGUUUGAGAGGGAGGGGAGAGAAGGCAGCCGCAGCGAGCGCAGACACAGAGCGGCCAGAGAAACGGAGGAGCGACUGCUGUAAGGCGUUUGUGCAAAACUGCAGAAAAAGUGCGGGUGUUGAACCCUCUCACCGGGAAAAGUGUGGUUGUUUAUCCCCCACGGGUGUGACGCCCCUGCCUCAGCCGGUCAUGCCCCCUGCGCCAGCGCUCUUCUCUGGUUUCACACACUCCCGCUCACCAGCCUUCUAAUCACGUUCGCAUCUGACACUCAUCACCCGGACUAUACAAAAACUCCCACUUGCCCUUUGUUUAAUGUCUGGUCUAGUUGUCAGUUUAUCUUGCUAGUUCCAUACCCAGUUGAUUCCUUAUUUACCCGUCUUCCAUGUUGAGUAUUUGCUUGUGGAUCUUUGACUAUUUCUGAGGACUUCGUACAUAAUUCUCCCGAGGAUCAUAUGUCUCGCUUGCCUGUGGAAUACUUGCUUGUGGAUAUAAGACUGUGUUUUCCCAUUAAAGACAUUGUACUAU